UUCUUCUUUAGCUCAUAUGCUUCUCUAUAUCUGGUCUCGCUUCUUCUGCCUCUCGGUUUAUGUGACAAUGUACCUCAAUGAUUGUCAAAGAACUAACUUCUACGAGGGUAUCGGGUUAAACACAAAGGAGUUCGAUAUGCAUGUCAUCAUCGAAACAAACCGAACCACGACAAGAAUAUUCCCGGCGGUGCUGGAUGUUGAGAACCCUGAGUUUAAGAGGAAAUUGGAUAGAAUGGUUGUGAGCUAUGAGAAGCUGCUGGCUGUAGGACAAACCGAUGAUCCUUCUUUCAUCAAGACACUCAAGCGGAUUCCUUUGGUUGCUUCUUUAGCCUCUGAGAUCUUGGCUGCUUAUCUCAUGCCUCCUGUUGAAUCUGGCUCUGUUGAUUUCGCCGAGUUUGAGCCUAAUCUUGUUUAUUAGUAGCAGCAAUGUCAAGUCUUGAGUUUACAGCUGGUUUCUUGAUUCCUUGUAAUUGAAUGAUCAAAACUGAGAAACAUCUUUUUUUU